AUGUUUGGAAAAGCACUGCCCUUCGUUCCUCCUGCCACCCUUUUCAUCUCGUCAUGUUUUCUGGACUUUUUAUAUCGCUCAAUCGUCAUACGCUUGGCCAUAUAUACCACUAUCACAGCAGUCGCGUGUCUUGCAAUCAUCAGCCCACCAUUCAACAAUGCUUUGCUCAACUAUUUGACUGGUUUUUUCUCCUUCUGGUACAUCAUCUGGUCCGCCAACAUACUUUUUAUCUAUCGUCCUCUGCAACUACGGCGCCUUAAAAGACAUGGGUCUCCAGCUGAAAUCGCCUACCGUUGGGAAGGGCUGCCACCUCCAUAUACCCAUCGAAGAUUCCAGUGGGCAUGGGACCUUUCGACCAAUUAUCGUGGUAUCGGUUGGGAGCAUACCAUGCCGACGGACGGCUAUCCGCCUCUCAAAACACAUGGCGUGGUUAAGGAUAAGGAUUUCAGUCCUCGUAUACCUCUUAUAUGUAGGCAGGUACGCCGGAUAGUGGUCUCAUAUAUUCUGCUGGACCUUGCUCAGAAUGUAUUGCAUAUGAGUUGGAGAAAUAGCUUGGACUGGGCAAGGGCUAUAGCCGAAAUAAUCGCUACUGGGCUCGCUCUCUUUGGCUUUACUGAUGGGCUUCACGCUUUAGCCACACUCAUCGGCGUUGGUCUACUGGGUGGAGAAGAGUGGAUGUAUCCCGCACUAUUCGGUAGACUGGAAUACUUUAAACAAAUGCGUAUAAAAGAUAUCUGGGGUCGGGUGUGGCACGAUCUGUUUAGAAGCGGGUUCCUCUCGCUCUCCCAAGCCAUUGCGCCCAAGGGCCCGGCUGUGCUGCUGGUUUGCUUUAUCUUAUCCGGCCUUCUCCACGCAGCAGCGUCCUAUUCGGCGUCCCGCGACACCACAGCCACGAUGUGGGUAUUCUUCUUCUUCUGUGCCCAGCCAAUGGGUGUUAUCUUACAGGCGUAUAUCGAUGCCUCGGUUAAAGGCAUUGCUGGCGAACCGAAGUCAAGCCCCAUUGUUCCAAUGGUUCGACGGUUCUUGGUGUUUUUGGCAGGCGUGGUUUUUGUUUACCACACAUUUCCCUGGGCAUGUCGGGACCCUGGGCUGAGAGAGGCUAUCAAUGGAGCGCCUCUUCCUUGGAGUCUCGCUCGUUUACUUUUGGCGUCUUUUUAA